AUGAUGAAAAUUUAUUUAUUUUUUAUUAUAAUUGUAUUAAAAAUUUUUUACUUAGUUCAAUGUAAAUUAUUUUCAAAGAUUAUUGAAGAAACUAGAGAAUUGUUAAGAGAAAAUGUACGUGAGAUCUUUGAUCAAAAUAUAAAAAGUUAUAAUGAUAUUAAUAAUUUGGAACAAAAAAUUUUAGAAUUAUAUAAAAAUUAUAAUACUUCUAUAAAGAGAAAUUUAUAUGAAAACAAUGAUACUGUAAAAAUAAUGAAUAAAGAUUAUGAAAAUAAUUUUGAUUUUAUUAUGGAUAAUUCAAUGUUUAAUCCUACACUUUUUCAAGGAGAUAUUUUAUUAACAGAUAAUCAGAUAAAAAAAAUUAUUGAUGAUCUUAAUAAACAAAUUUUGGAUAUUAAUAGAGAGAUAACAAAAACAACAUUAACACCUGAAGUAUCAUUAACUACAAUACAGGAAAUUAUAACAACAACUAUAAAAACAACAGUAUCUACAACAAUAAUUGAUAUUGAAAGCACUACUAAUAAUGAUAUUUUAGAAAAAAAUACAACUACAGUGUUAACAUUAUCACCAAAUACCAAAGAAUUAGAUAACACUAGAACUACAACAACAAAAGAUGACUAUGAUUAUUCAGAAGAAAAUGACGAAGAAAAAAAUAUAAGAAAUAAAAGAAAUUUAAAUAAUACAAAUUUAGAAAUUAUUAAAUGGAAAUUACCAAUUUCAUAUUAUAUUGAUCCAGCCAUAAAUCAUAAUAAUGUUAAACAAGCAAUAAAAUUAUUUCACAAAAAUACAUGUAUAAGAUUUAUUAAAAAAGAAAAUUAUAUUAAUAAUACUGAAGGUAUUAAUUUUUAUCCUGGUCCUGGUUGUUUGUCAUUUAUUGGUAUUGUUAAAAAAGAUAAUUCUCAAGAUAUAAGUCUUGGUAAAGAUUGUGAUACACAUAUUUCUAUAAUUCAACAUCAAAUAGGACAUGCUUUAGGACUUAUUCAUCAAGAAUCAUAUUCAGAAAGAGAAUAUACUAAUAAAAUUAAUAAUUUAAAUAUUAAUAAAAAUUUAAGUUGGCAUUUAGCAAUUUCAAACUAUUUUAAUACAUUUGAUUUUAAAUUUGAUUAUGAUUUUGGAUCAUCAAUGCAUUUUAAUGAUUCAAAAUUGAGUGAAAAUGGUCAACAAACUAUAAUACCAAAAAUUAUUCAAUAUAAUGGUAUGAAAACGUUUAAUAGAACUUUUAAUUUUAAUGAUUAUAAAAUAUUAAAUUAUUAUUAUUGUAAUGAAAAAUGUCCUAUUAAGAUUAAUAAAUGUGAAAAUAAUGGAUAUCAAGAUCCAAAUAAUUGUUUAAUUUGUAAAUGUUCAAAUCCUUUUAGUGGAAAAUUUUGUAAUAUUUUAUCACAUUCUGUUGGUGCUUGUGGAAAAGAUAUAUUAAUUGCACGUCAUGAAAGGCAAGCUUUAUUUAGAAAAGGAAAUUCUAAAUGUAUAUAUAAAAUAUUAAGUAAAAAAUUUUCAAAAAUUUUUUUAAACUUAACAAAUUUACAAAAUAAUUCAGAUGAACCAUGUUUAGAAGGAACAGGAUUAGAAAUUAAAUAUAGAAGUAAUAAAGGUAUAACUGGAUUAUGUUUAUGUGGAACAUAUACAAAUAUUUCCCUAUAUUCUGAAGAUAAUAUAGUUAUUGUAAAGUAUUUUGGAAAAAAAUUGUCUGACUAUUUUAGACUUGAAUAUACAGAAGUUACUUAG